AUGAAAACUCUGCCAAAAUACCUCACAAGGCACCCAGGGGGAGAUCAGUGGAAUGAGAAUGAUCCGCCGUUCUCCUACAUUUUUGAUGACCUCUGGUCCCCUCCUGUUAAUGAUUUUUCUUACAACCCUGUUCUCGAAUCCCCCUCCGCUCCCCCCACCCCCGACCCUGACCCUGACCCUGCGACUUCUACUUCUCUCGGCGCUCUGUAUAAUAUCAUCGAUGAACAGUGUGAGCAGGGCUCGACAGUUGAGGAGGGUGCCGUGGCAGCGGAUACCCCGGGCCUUGACCUUCACGACGGGAUGUCUGAUAUCACAUCCACAAUCAUCUCCACUGUGGACGAAGACCGAGGACCUAUAACUGGCCCUGAGGAUAGCCUGCAGAAGCCUACAUCUUAUGGCAAAGUCUCGAUGACUGUGAAAUCAAGCCGUGGCAGUCCCCUCAAGUGCAAUUGGAAGCACUGCGAAUACUCAGGUGGAUUUUCUCAAAUGGGGGCCCUGCUACGCCAUAUCAAAACAAAGCACAUCUCCCCGGGUUUAUAUGAAUGUCCCGAGGGAGACUGUCGGAAGUCGUUCAACCGAAAAGAUAAUCUGACUGCGCACAUCCGCAACGUUCAUCGCGCAAACAUUUAA